UUUUCUUCUUCCCAUUUCCUCCUUCUCCUCCGUGUCCCGCCAGCGUGAGUCUCCGCCGGUGGGGUGGGCACCAGUGCCGGCCCCCAUCCCCACCCCCCAGUCAUGCGGUGGUGGAGCAGGCGUCGGCGGGGGAGGACGGGAGCUGGAGAAGUCUGCCUGGCCACUGUGUUUCAGUGCCUCUCUCUCUCCUAGAGCUGCUCUGGAUUGCAAAAGUGGAGGGGGGAACUGAAACGAAAUUUCCCCUUCCCCCCCGACAAGCGCAGGUUUAAAGGAAAAGAGGAAAAACACCAACGCCCCAAGAAGAAAGAGCGAAACUUGAGUUAAGCCCCUGCUGCCCCCCACCCGCGUCCACCCGGCCAAGAGGAACUUGCACUGCCGCCCCGACUCCGUCCUUCGGCCGUGGGAACCGGAGCCGAGCCCGGGCAGACGAAGGCCCGAUCCCUGCUGGAUGCGGUGGGGAUCGGGCAGUUGGCGCCCAUGCAUUUUCUGUUCAGGAAGACAAGUAACCGAACAGCGUUGUCAAACUGCUGACCCGAGGUGGAGAUGGGAAGACUGAGUGAGGUAUUGACAGAUCUGGAAUCGAUACAAUUUGUCUAAUGCAGCGGGGGAUCGGGGGUUAAGUACAUGUGAGGGAAGAGAGGAUCCAUUUGCUGAGAGAGAACGGGACAGCUAUACGUUGAUACCAAAAAUAUCCCCCUGCAGCAGCGGGAGCAGCAUCAAGCCCAGUAGCGGUACGAGGCGAGGACCCACUUCCCUGCAGACUGCCGGAUCGAUGACACCGUAUUUGCAAAACCGGCCAAUCGAUCCCACUUGGCAAAACGACUGAUCGUUGCUAGCUUGCUCGUAAGCCGCUCGCAGAACUACCUUCUCCAAACGCCCCCUGUCUCCUCUUGUGUUUUCUGAGCACGUUAUUGUCUUUUCUGACUUAUUUUGGUGAGGGAGGGGAGAUAACAUUUUCACCCCCCAUCGAGGAGUCAGGCCCAUCGCAAAUGGCCUCAUUUCCCGAGUCCGACUUCCAGAUCUGCCCCCUGUGCAAGGAGAUGUGCGGCUCGCCGGCUCCCCUCUCCUCCAACUCCUCUACCUCCUCGUCCUCCUCGCAGACCUCCGGCUCCUCCGGGGGGGGCGGCAGCGGCUCCUCCUGCGGGGGCCCGCCGCGGAGGCUCCACGUCCUGCCCUGUCUGCACGCCUUCUGCCGCCAAUGCUUGGAGGCGCAGCGGCACCCCGGUGCGGGCGACGCGCUCAAGCUGCGCUGCCCCAUCUGCGACCAGAAGGUGGUGAUCUCGGAGCCCUCGGGUAUGGACGCGCUGCCCUCCUCCAACUUCCUCCUGAGCAACCUGCUGGACGUCGUCGUCGUGGCCGCCGCUGUCGACGAGCAGAAGAACGGCCGCGCCGCCGGGGCCGGACCCACCGCAGGCUCCGGCGCGGGAGGGGGAAGCGGCGGCAACAACCGCCACCACGGCCGCCCUCCGCCGCCUCCCCGCGCCGCCGGCUCCUCGCCCGCCGCUGCCUCGGCCGCGCCUUCCUCGACAUCGUCGUCGUCCUCGGGCGGCGGCGGCGGCCCGGCGGCGCUCCUGCUGCGGCGGCCCCACAGCCGGCAAGGCGAGCCCCGCUGCAGCUCCUGUGACGAGGGCAACGCGGCCAGCUCCCGCUGCCUCGACUGCCAGGAGCACCUGUGCGAUAACUGCGUGCGAGCGCACCAGCGCGUCCGCCUCACCAAAGACCACUUCAUCGAACGGUUCGCCGCCGGCCCCGCCGCGCCGAUCGCCCUGAGCCCACCCUACCCUGCCUCGCCCUACAACAUCCUCUCGGUGUUCCCCGACCGGGCCAGCUACUGCCAGCACCACGACGACGAGGUACUGCAUUUCUACUGUGAUACCUGUUCUGUCCCCAUAUGUCGGGAAUGUACCAUGGGACGACAUGUGGGUCACAGCUUUAUCUACCUCCAAGAUGCCCUACAGGAUUCCAGGACUCUCACCAUUCAGCUCCUGGCAGAUGCUCAGCAGGGACGACAAGCUAUUCAACUGAGUAUUGAGCAGGCCCAGGCUGUGGCAGAGCAGGUUGAGAUGAAAGCGAAGGUGGUACAGUCUGAAGUCAAAGUAGUGACUACUAGACAUAAGAAGGCCUUGGAAGAGCGGGAGUGUGAACUGCUCUGGAAGGUGGAAAAGAUUCGUCAAGUCAAGGCUAAGUCCCUCUACUUGCAAGUCGAGAAGUUACGUCAGAACCUAAAUAAGUUGGACAACACCAUUAGUGCUGUUCAGCAGGUCCUGGAGGAAGGCCGUACUAUGGAUAUUCUCCUGGCUCGGGACCGCAUGCUGGCUCAGGUACAGGAACUGAAGAAUGUGAGAGGCCUUCUCCAGCCACAGGAAGAUGACAGGAUCAUGUUCACUCCCCCUGACCAGGCAUUGUAUAUGGCCAUUAAAUCAAUGGGAUUUGUCAGCAGUGGGGCUUUUGCUCCUCUGACCAAAGCCACUGGGGAAGGCCUCAAGCGUGCACUGCAGGGCAAAGUGGCCUCUUUCACAGUGAUAGGCUAUGACCAUGAUGGUGAGCCUCGCCUCUCAGGAGGUGACAUGAUCUCUGUGGUGGUGAUGGGCCCAGAUGGAAACCUCUUUGGGGCAGAUGUCAGUGACCAGCAGAAUGGAACCUACCUGGUCAGCUACCGUCCACAGCUGGAGGGGGAGCACCUGGUGUCCGUGAUGAUGUGCAACCAACACAUUGAGAGCAGCCCUUUCAAAGUUGUGGUGAAAUCUGGGCGCAGCUACAUCGGCAUUGGACUGCCGGGGCUGUCCUUUGGCAGUGAGGGAGACAGCGAUGGCAAGCUCUGCCGCCCCUGGGGAGUUAGCGUAGACAAAGAAGGCUACAUCAUUGUUGCUGACCGGAGUAAUAACCGUGUCCAAGUGUUCAAACCAUGUGGGACCUUCCACCACAAGUUUGGCACACUGGGCUCCCGGCCAGGCCAGUUCGAUCGCCCUGCCGGUGUGGCCUGCGACAUCUCGCGUCGCAUCAUUGUAGCUGACAAGGACAAUCAUCGCAUCCAGAUCUUCACGUUCGAGGGGCAGUUCAUUCUGAAGUUUGGGGAAAAAGGAACAAAGAAUGGGCAAUUCAAUUACCCAUGGGAUGUGGCUGUCAACGCAGAGGGCAAGAUCCUGGUCUCUGAUACAAGGAACCAUCGUGUUCAGCUAUUCGGGCCAGAUGGUGUGUUUCUGAACAAGUAUGGCUUUGAAGGGGCACUCUGGAAGCACUUUGAUUCCCCCCGAGGUGUGACUUUCAAUCACGAGGGCCACUUGGUAGUAACAGACUUCAACAACCAUCGCCUUCUGGUCAUCCAUCCGGAUUGCCAGUCGGCACGCUUCCUGGGCUCGGAGGGCACUGGGAAUGGCCAGUUUCUGCGCCCACAGGGAGUGGCAGUGGAUCAAGAGGGGCGCAUCAUCGUGGCUGACUCCAGGAACCACCGGGUGCAGAUAUUUGAGUCAAAUGGCAGCUUUUUAUGCAAGUUUGGUACUCAGGGAAGUGGCUUUGGUCAGAUGGACCGUCCUUCAGGUAUAGCUGUCACCCCUGAUGGCAUGAUUGUUGUGGUCGAUUUUGGAAACAAUCGAAUUCUCAUCUUCUAAUCGGUGUUUGAAUUAGGAAGAAACUGUCUCAGGGAAAUUCUUCUAAGAAAAAAAAAGAAAUACAACGUUAAUUCAAACCUACCUCAUCUUUAAUUUUUUUUACAGAUGAAUGUACUUAUCUUCUGUGCAGGGAGUGAGCCUGUGAAGUUUAAAUUCUAUCUACCUCAUUGUCCUCCCUUCCCUCCCUGGUUUCUUGCCCUUGUCCCCAUCCCCACACACUCACAGUUCAGAAUGUUUUACCUCUUUUUUUCAACCCCCAAUGGGGUUUCAUGCACAAACAAGUGUUGCUGUGCACAUUAGGUGGUUUGUGUGGCGGGUUCUGUAGACAAAGCCAAAAAAGGCUCUAUGUAACUUUUUUAAUGGAGAAAAUGGUAGUAGGUGUUUGUAGAGAAUUUGUGUUCUUGACCAUAUUGCAGUUCUUGGGGGGGGGGGACGGGACGGGGACACUUUUGUUUUGUUUGAUUGCUGCUGCAGCAGAGAACUUUAUCCUGUUCUCCUUUUUAUACCUCAGUGUGUUUGAUUUAUCGGUGAGCACAGCAUCUUGCUCCCAGAUGACUUGGAACAUUUUGUGACAGUGAGUGGGAUUCACUCGCUGGGAAGAGCAAGUUUGUAUUAUUAUUGGGUUUUGUCAUUUCUGUGUGUUUUUUUCUGAAACACAGUAAUCCGACAGCACAAAUUGAAGCUGAAGAAAAUGCACAAAAAUUCUUUAAGUUUAAACCAAAUUGUUCAUUUUAAUGGUUUGGUGCGGUUGUUGUAAAGUUUAGGAGAAAAGCAAGGCUUCCUUUAAUGUACCCCAUCAGUUAGUAGUUCUUUUUUUUUUUUUU